UCCACCCCCGCUGCAGAGGGACAGAUGGUACAUACUGUUGGUGCUGCUCUAACUGCUCUGUCAUUGAUUCAGUAGUAACACAGUCGUCAGUCCACAGCCUGCCUGCCUGCAGAGAGAGAGCCAAAACAGGAAGAGAGAAAGAGAGGACACAAGGAGAGAAGUGAAGAGAGUGAUUGUGAGAGAGAGAAGCAGGGAAAGCGUCCAGCCAUCUUUCUGUCUCCAGUCUGAAAGCCACAGACGCCCUCUUUGUUUGGCGUCCCUGAUAUGACCCUGUUCAAAAGUGAGCACCACCGCAGCCCACGAUACAUUAGCAUGAGUGGAGAGCUGAAGUCCAGCCGUUCCAAGACCGGCAGCAAGAGACCCAGCAGCAAUCCAUAUGGAUCUGAUUAUGACCUGGACUAUGAGUGCUAUCAGGAGGACCUCUAUGACAGGAUGUAUGACUACCAGCGUGUGCCAGCUUCCCUACCUCCCCUGUCCCAGGGACCUAGCCUGGCCAAACGACCCCGCUCCUCCUCCACUUCCUCUGGGCACAGACGCAGCCGAGACAGGCCCCCCUCCAAGAGCUCCAGAGCCCACUCCACCAGCUCCAACAGGGCCAAGUUGAGAAUGGAGGAGCUGCAGGUCAUUAAGAGGGAGCUGACUCUGAUAAAGACACAGAUUGACGGGCUGCUUGACAACCUGGACAGGAUGGACACACAGAGGCAGGACCACACAGGGUCUCCCGUGAGGGAGGGCAGCCUGGCCGGGUCACCGUACUCCCCCUCCGCCAGCAGUGGUGAGCGCUCCCCCUCCCCCCUGUCCCCCCCACGCCGCUGCAUCCAGAGAGAGAGCCCCGAACUGGGGGAGGCCAGCGACGAUGAUCACACGAUGAAUAACCACAGCUCUGACCCUGAGGACGAGAUGUGAGGAUGGAAACAGAGAAGAAACGGAGGAGCGUCAGAUAUAGAGGAAGAGAAUAUCUGUCUUGUCAAGAAGUUACCAUGCCAACAACUGAUUCAGAGGCCCCACUCCUGUCGAACCAACCAGUUACAUUGUAUUCUACAUCCACAUAUACAUCAAACAGAAAUACACUACUACACACACCACUUUGUGUUCAGAGUUAGCCUCUUUAGGUUCUAAAUCAUCUAUUCCUCCUCUCUCUGUCUGGUAAGGGCAGAUAUUGUAUGUGUGAACAGCACACACACACAGACACACAGGCACACACACACACACACUGUAAUUACAGUUUAUCAGAAAUCAACUCCAUGUAUCUCCCUUGGCUAUUCCCCACUGAGAUCAGCUCACCACACCACACACACACACACACACACACACACACACACACACACACAUUUUAUCUGUAGAGUGUAAUUAUUAACCAGAACAGGAAGGUGAAAUAAUUUCCAUAUUUAUAAUUUUCUUACGCUCUUUUUAGCACGUCUUCAUAUUUUCCUGAAUAACAUUCUGAUUACCAAUCCGUAUAAAUUUUACCUGCAUAUUGAGAGACUGUUUUUAAAAGAAAAUGAGCAUACUAUAGAUAUCGCAAUCAUAAUUUUUCAGUAUCAUAUCACUACCAGAGCAUGAAUUCAUCAGUUUAUACUUGUCCAUCAGUUAAAAUCCCCCCUUAUGUCUGUGUAAUGUUAUCUCCUGCUGUAUUACUACCUGUCUGUAUUAGGUAUGAGGAGACAGAAGCCCAUCUCUUCCUCUAUGUACCUGGCGCUAUGAGCUGAGGAGAGGCCCCGGCCCGGUCCAUGUGUAAUAUUGUGUAUUACUGUAAAACUUUACUGUAUUAGGUCAGCUGUACGAUUUUAAUCCAUCAUUUUGUUUUAGGGUUUUUUAUUUGUUAAUGUUUUUUAAAGCGAGAAGAAAACAAUAAUUGUUUUAUUAUAAUUCUAGUGGUGUUAGAUGUUUUGUUAGUUCUGUUUGCAUUCAUGACGAAGCCAAGUGGAAACACUACUCACACUGUCACAGUAGUAAAGGUAUUUUCAUAUUGAUUAAAAACACCUCUGGGAGUGUUUUCUUUA